AUGCCUGACGUACCUACGCCGCCAGCCGCUCAUCGUCGUGCUUCCAUUCCUUGUGUACCUAUUGUGACAUCAGUCGGGAGAAGUGCCCUGGAAAUUACCUCUGCCAGUAAUCAAACUCGCGAUGGCUCUGGUGAUCCGACACAUGUUUCCUCUUCUCAGGCGCAGGCUCGAUGGACAAACGAGAUCUCAGCUUGUUCUGUCGAAGCCACUAACAGCGCUAAGGCAACCGAAAGCGACGAGGCAGAAGAAUACGCUACUGCUAGUGAGACUCCUCAUGGGGAUAUCGGAGCGCUUGCUCACAGGUGUGGGCCUGAAGAGUCUAAGGCGACGGUGGAGGACUUUGAGGCCGGGCUCGAACGCUUUCGUCUCAAGCUCAGGCGUGUCUCGGAUGAAGUGGAUCGUAUCAAGGCUGCUCGCGAACGUGCUGUUUCUCGGGCUGGCAAGCGUCCUUCUGGUUCUCAGAAAUAG